CUCUACACAGAAGUCAGCUGUCAGCUGCCAUGAACCUACAGCGCCUCUCCUCUCUGCUGCUCUGUGUCGUUUUCACCAUACGGACAGCUGCCGCUCACACAUCUGCACUGGAUCAUGUGACCGUGAUGUCAUCAUCGGGGGAGGGGCUUCAGAGCGCCGUGGGGGAAGAUUUGGAAGCUGAUGAUGAUCAAGAUCCAUCGGGAAUGUUCAGUGAUCCAACUUUGUUUAAAGUAACCCAAGUCAGUAAAGGAGACGAGCAGGAUCACAAACGCUCUGGACGCAAAAAGAAUAAAGGAAGAAAAAAGAAUAAAAAUAUCACUCCAGUUCAGCCGAUUCACACGUUCAGUCACAGGAGCCACAGCACGACCUCUGACCCCUGCCUGACCUCUCAUCUGGACUACUGCAUCCACGGCCACUGCACGUACCUGCACGGCCUGAGAGAGCCUGUCUGUGUGUGUAGGAGAGGUUAUGAUGGGGAGCGCUGUGGGAUCCAGCUGCUCGGGACGUCUCGGGACGAGAGCAGCACUGAUAGGACCCACACUGCGCUUGUCAUUAUGGCUGUCGUCCUGUCAGUCAUCAGCUGCCUAGCCAUUCUGCUCAUGGUCUGCGUGCACUAUAGAACACAUCAUCGCUUUCAGGCGGCGUUCCUGAGCUCCACCAGUGAGAGAGAGAAACUAGAGAAGAAGAACAUCAUGGUGUGAAGAGGAAGUGAGGCCAGGACUUUAUUUAUGGGUUGCUACAGUAAAUGUUAAAGAGACUUUUAGGGUUGAGUUUGCCAUGUAAACCUCCAGUCCUUUCUUCAGCAUUAAAAACAGUCUACAAACCCCCAAUUUUACGCAAUUUAUUAGUCCUAUUGACAUUUUAUGUCAAAAAAUAAAUUGUUUUUGUUUCAGGUAGAAUUCACGCUGAUGUCACUGCUGUGGAGUGCACUACAGAUAUAUUGCACAUAGAAUAACAUAAUAAAACCCACUGUAACAAUAUAUUUAUUGUUUGUACCUAUUUAUUAACAAAUUAUAUAAUUUACUUAGUAUUUCUGUUUAUUUUGAUAAUAAAAAAACUAAUGUUCAUUUGAUAUGAGAUGUUCAUGUACACAUAUGAA